GCGGCCACGGGGCGCGCUCCUAUGACGUCGCCGUCAAGGCGAAGGGGCUCCUGUUGUCGUAGAGUGGUCUGUGUCUUCCUGAGGGGAGAGAAGGAGAGAGGAGGCCGGGGCGGGAUCCUAACGGCUGCCGGGGGCCUGGCCCGGUCAUGGCGCUGAGGCCUGGCCCGGGGGGAAGAUGAAUAAGGGCUGGCUGGAGCUGGAGAGCGACCCCGGGCUCUUCACACUCUUAGUCGAGGAUUUUGGUGUCAAAGGGGUGCAAGUUGAGGAAAUCUAUGACCUACAGAGCAAAUGCCAAGGGCCAGUCUAUGGGUUCAUCUUCCUUUUCAAAUGGAUUGAAGAGCGCCGUUCUCGGCGGAAGGUCUCAACUCUGGUAGAUGAGACAUCAGUGAUUGAUGAGGACAUUGUCAAUAAUAUGUUCUUUGCUCACCAGCUGAUUCCCAAUUCUUGUGCCACACAUGCGUUGUUGAGUGUCCUCUUGAACUGCAAUAGUGUUGAUCUGGGGCCUACUUUGAGCCGAAUGAAGGAAUUCACCAAAGGAUUUAGUCCAGAGAGUAAAGGUUAUGCCAUUGGAAAUGCCCCAGAACUGGCCAAGGCCCAUAACAGCCAUGCACGGCCAGAGCCCCGACAUUUACCAGAGAAACAGAAUGGAAUCAGUGCUGUGCGGACUAUGGAGGCUUUUCACUUCGUCAGUUACGUUCCUAUUAAGGGACGGCUUUUUGAACUGGAUGGGCUGAAGGUUUAUCCCAUUGACCAUGGGCCCUGGGCAGAAGAUGAGGAAUGGACAGAUAAAGCCAGGAGAGUUAUCAUGGAGAGAAUUGGACUGGCUACAGCAGGGGAACCAUAUCACGACAUUCGGUUUAACUUAAUGGCAGUCGUUCCUGACAGGAGGGUGAAAUAUGAAUCCAAGCUGCAGAUCUUGAAGAUGAACCGGCAAACCGUAUUGGAGGCCUUGCAGCAGUUAAUCAGAGUAACUCAACCAGAGCUGGUCCAUACCCAGAAGGCUCAAGAGUCUCAGGCUUCUGAGGAGCCCAAACCAGUCAACAGCAAGACUUCUUCCACUGCACUGGAAAUGGGGAGAGUGCAACUGAUUGCAGAGAGCUCACAGGCAGGGACUACAGAGGAGCCUGGGGGCCAGAAUCCACCUGCCUCAACCCUGAGUCCUCCCAGCAAGGCAAAGACGGGCAGUAAGACGCCUGUGAACAGUAUCAACGGGGCGCUUUCAAACGUAAAUCCUAUUGUACAGAGACUUCCAGCUUUUUUGGAUAAUCAUAACUAUGCCAAGUCGCCCAUGCAGGAGGAAGAAGAUCUUGCAGCAGGAGUGGGCCGGAACCGAGUCCCAGUACGACAACACCAGCAGUACUCUGAUGAUGAGGAUGACUACGAUGAUGAAGAGGAGGAGGAAGUGUGCAAUGCCAGUCCUGCCAUGAGGAAAGGCCAGGGGAAGCAUGAGCACCUGGUGGGGAGUGGAGAUGGCAAGCUCUCCAUCCUCCAGCCCAACACCAUUAGCGUCCUCACCGAGAAGCUGAAGGAGACCCAGAAGGACCUCUCCAUCCCUCUUUCUAUCAAGACCAGCAGUGGAGGCAGCACAGUUGCCAUGGUGGCCCAUUCCCAGCCGUCUCCCACCCCCAGCAAUGAGAGCACGGACACUGCUUCUGAGAUCGGGAGUGCCUUCAAUUCCCCGCUUCGCUCCCCCAUCCGGUCAGCCAAUCCCACUCGCCCCUCCAGCCCUGUUACCUCCCACAUAUCCAAGGUGCUAUUUGGGGACGAGGACAGCCUGCUGCGGGUGGACUGUAUACGCUACAACAGGGCAGUGAAAGAUUUGGGGCCUAUCAUCAGCACAGGCUUGCUGCACCUCACAGAGGAUGGGGUUUUUGGAUCACUUACAGUAACAGAUGGUGGGAAAAGCUCUCUUCCCUCUAGCAAAGUGAUUGAAGAGGUCAAGUCCAUUGUUAAAUUAGAAGAGAGAGACUUAAAUGAGCGAAAGGACAGCAAGGAGAAGGCUGGAAUUGCUCGGUCUACUGAUGCUCCUAUUGGGGAAAAGUAUUCUCCCAAAGAGCUGCUGGCAUUGCUUAAGUGUGUGGAGGCUGAGAUUGCCAAUUAUGAAGCCUGUCUAAAGGAGGAAGUUGAGAAACGAAAGAAGUUCAAGAUUGAUGACCAGAGAAGAACUCACAAUUACGAUGAGUUCAUAUGUACCUUUAUCUCCAUGCUGGCACAAGAAGGAAUGCUUGCUAGCCUGGUAGAGCAGAACAUCUCUGUGCGCAGACGGCAAGGGGUCAGCAUUGGGCGCCUCCACAAGCAGCGGAAGCCCGACCGGCGGAAACGUUCCCGGCCUUACAAAGCCAAGCGCCAGUAGUCCCAACCUUUGGACAGUUCUUUUCUUGCCACCCUGAUCAUCUGGUACACAUUUCAUGCACUUCUCUACCAGUUGGGCAGUGCUCAGGAGGGGAGGGGGCUUUGCACUGGAGUUCUCUAUUCAAAUUAUCAGUGUUAGUGUAAUAUUACACCUGAACCCGCCCGUAUUUAGCUGGGCUUUAGCUGUUGCCCAUUCCAAUGUCAAUUCUUUCCCCAAAGGGGAUGCCUGUAGUGUAAAUACCAGGACUACUUGAAAGGACUACUGGCAAGGCUUUUGAAUCUGCAGCUCUGAGUCCUUGAUCUGUAUGCAUCUUGCAGUGGCCACUCAUGUUCUUCUGUGGCUGUGCAAGAAGGUUGUUCAGAAAGGGAUGAACCAAAUGACUGCUAUUCUCUAGAAGGACGUUGCAGCUGGAGAUGGUACAUCCCAAAGAGUAGAAAGUAAUUGUGACAUUCCUGGUCACUGCUUUUGGCUCUGCCUUCACCAGGGUAUAGAGCCAUAAUACUUGUUUUCUAUAUUCUCCUCAUCCCCCGGCCAUUAUAUUUUCUCUAUAAAGAGGACUAUAGUUUCUGAGAGUCUUCUUUGCAUUUGUUUUUCAGAUUCAGUGUCAGUUUGAUUAACCUUUCCUAGUGAUUUCUUUCAGUUAUUCGGGGAACGGAGAGAGGGAUUUCUCUUCUGGGCCACGUCUGUACAGAAUAAGGCCAUGUUCCUGGUAUGCGUGCUACUCACAAUUUGUAGUGCAUCUUGUGUUGUACAGUACCUUGCAAUAUAGGCGCCACCUGCUGGCAAUUUGUAUGUGUAGAAGCCCUGUGCACAAAAUUAUCAGAAUGAGGAAACUAUUGGAAAUUAUUUUUAAGAUCAGAUCUUGGAGUAAGUUGCAUGGCUUUGGUCAGCUUCUGAUGAACAAAGCCUCUUUUUAGGAAUGUGAGCAAAUCUGAGACAAACAGAAACGUCUGGGUUAAUGUCACCUUGUGCCUGGUGGAAGUACCAGGACUAAACAUGGUGGGAUCGUAUUUAACCACAAUUGUAUUGAUCUGUUAGACCAAACAAAUAUAUGUCAGGAUAGAGAGUUAUGUUAGUGGAAAAGAAUCAUGGCAUUGUCCUGUCUGUGUGGGUCCUUCUUUGUGUGUUCUAGGACAAAUGUGGGAGGAUGCCAGGAGAAGCCCUCCCAUGUGCUGCAAGUAAAUGUGAAUUGGCCCUUCGACUUCGGGUUUUUUUUUUAAAAAAAAAACAACAACAAAAUUGAAGCAUACCUUUGACGUUGUAUGAUGCUGGCACUAGCAACUCUAUGAAUUGGUUUUACUUUAAAAUCUUUUCCCAGGAGUAGAGGAUUUGGCCUGUAGGACAGGUCAGGAAAACAGUAUUUUGCCACCUCUGUGCACCAUGUCUUUACCAUCAGGGGAUGCCUUGAGGUUGGAUAGCUGGCCAUCACUGUUGAGGUGGGCAAUCUAUGUGCCACAGACCUGGGACAUGCUCUUCAGUCAACACUGACCCCCAGGGCAUGGGGACCCUAAAUUCUACCUCUCCAGCCCGGUGGCAGCCUUUUGCUCCCCGAACUCUGGCUUGCCAGUGGGGCAUUUCUCCAGCUAGUACUGCUCUCUGGUUAAAGUGUCUACCUCUCCUUGUUUAGAUUAGUGUAUUUUUAUAUCCUGUGAAAGACGACCCUGUGCUGUUCUACAUGGCAGCAGCACUUGUUAGCAUGUUACAAUGGGGGUGGGGAGGAUACAGUUUGCUUUAGAUCAAGGGCAGGGACAGUGUGGACACUUGGCAUUCUCUGGUCUGCAACUCCCUGAAGCCUUCCCACCACCCUCUGUGCUUUCUUAGCAUUGAGGUGAAUCCAGUAGCAAGAGAGGGCAGAUACUCAUCACCCUUGCCUUGCUAUCCAGAGGCCCAUGGCAAUCAUUGUUCCAGAACUUUUUCUAUCCUUCCCCUUUUCUUUUGGUACUCAACAGAAAAUAUUUAGCAGAAUUCAAAGGAUGAUCACAAACUACAGUGUGUAAAGGCAAUGCCUUCUGAGAAGAAGGCACAGCUGAAAGCCGGUCUGCUUUGCCUCGCUCUGCAAAUAUGUACAGAUGUUGACUGUAGAAUUAAUCUUUUUUAUAUGUUGACAGAAUGUUCUGUCUUUUGCUUUGUCAAUUUCAAGUGCUGUAAAUACCAGUUCUGUUUUAAAAAAAUAAAAUGUAUAUCUCUUGCCUCUGAA